UAAAAACCGAGGAGCAUAUUACCUUAGUUGCUGCUAUUAACGAGCUAGGGUUCGAAGUAAUACCUUGUUUCUAUUAUUUUUCUUGCGGCCUCUACUGCUAUAUAAUAGAGAGCUCUUCUUGUUAUGGCGAAUACGUUUAUUAUAGGAGGUUAUACGACGGUUCUAGGGUUCAUUGUAGACAAGUCAAAGCGCCUCGACCGAUUAGAACAAGAUGCUAAGGAGGCUCUCCAUACCGAUCGCGAUUCGUUAAUAAUAGCAUAGUGUCGUCUAGACAAGUCUCCAGCUCGCUUAGACCGUAUUCGUCGUCAGAAGCGAUUGUUGUUAUCUCGAGGGUCGGAGAUAGUUCGCCAAGGUCUUGCGUCUUUAGAUGAAUUAGAAGAGGUGGGGCAGCAGGAAUUGGAGGCGGUUCUAGGUAUGUAGCUUAAUGGUAGCGUCGACGUUAUUAACUAGGGCGCUGUUUUCGGUUCUAUCCUAGGUUUGCCUUUAGCCGAUCCGGGUUCUGCCGAUAGAACUAUUUUAGUUUCUUAGGGUAGUUUAAAUUCUUAAUUAGUUUCUAUGAGUUAUCUUCUAAUCCGAAAUUAAGCUAUUUGAC